AAAACCCCACAAACCAUUCUCAAUGAAAAAUUCAGUCUGACAAUUCGUGUGUUGCCAGCCGAACUCAUAACUGAAAUCCUCUCAAGGAUACCAGUGAAAUCGCUCUUGAAAUUCAGUUGGCGUUCAGCGGAAAUCUGCGUUGAAAGCCUAGUUUGUCCUUUAUCUGCAGAAGGGAGAAAGAAUGCUAUAAAAAGGAAGGCUAGAAAAACUCAGGAAGUGAAAGUUGCUCACUGCCGACUGCUUGAAUCAAAACAGUGAAGAAUGGCUUUUCCGAGCUCUGAAUGUUCGUUGAAGGAACUCUUACUUCGUUGUAGCUUGAACGGGUCAUGAACAAGGUCAAAAUAUCUUCUCCUUCCCCUGUAUUACUUUUGUAUUUUGAGAUUGGUCAGAACUACAAUAUGAAUCUUCCCAGAAAUAGAAUUGACUACCAAUUCUGAAGGAACUGAAGUUACAUCUCUUUUCCAUUCAAGGAUUCUUUUGCAUUUCCACGCCCCUUUAAGACCCCGAGAAAUGGACAAAAUCCUUUUCUUAAGGAAGACAUACUUACAAGAUUUGUCACUACAAAAUGGAAGCAGAAAUUUGAAUAAUCAUAAAAUCAUUCAAAUGAAAGAGAGAAGUAACAAUGUCUGAAUUUUCAUCAUUUGUUGGUUCAUAUCAACUAUUCCAUCACCUAGUUGAUCCACAUCUUCAUUCAAUUCAUAGGCGCGUCUGUAUCUUCAUCAUCAGUCUCUUCAGUAGCGUCCUCAUCUUGAACAUCAUUUUACUCAUCAGCACCUAAAUAUUGUUCAUUAGUGCUUCCAUCUUGAUCAUUAGCGCCUACUUCAUUAAUGCCAUAUUCUUGAUCAGCCUUUUGUUCAUUCGUACCUUCAACUUUCACAUAUCAUUCAAUUUUUGUCUUUAUAUCUUUAUAAUUUCACUUUAUUUUCUUGUUUAUUCAAGCAACUUGAUUCUUAUCAUUAUUUUAUUAAAUAAACGGAAUUAGAAAAAAUGAAAUUUAAUUAAUUUGUAUAUGUUUAAAAUUUUAAUUGCAUAGGUACCAAUUAGGUCAUAA